AUGGCUUUGAAAGAAGAUGAAGUACAUUUAAAUGGAUAUCUAUCUAUCUAUCUAUCUAUCUAUCUAUCUAAGAUUCUAUUGAGCUUCAUGGCGAAGGAGUCCCAAUCACAUAAUGCAGGCAGUGCGACGGCUACUUUGACAGUCUCUGUUUUGGAUGUAAAUGAUAAUCCCCCGAACUGCCCAUUUCUGUCCUUUUAUCGAAGCAUCAAGGAAAGCACCCUCCCAGGCAGCAGCAACAGUCAGAUUAUAACUUUAACCUGUACAGACGCUGAUACUCCAGCCGUUGGAGGAACUCUUUCUUAUUCGAUUACAGCCGGAGACCUGUCUGUAUUUGCUCUAAUAAACAAUACUUUGAUACUAAACUCCCCACUGGAUUUUGACCAUGGCAAACGCCAGUAUCUUCUCACCUUGACUGUCAGCGAUUCUUUGUAUCAGGUCAAUAUUCAAGGGACAGUGGUUGUUACUUCAGUCGAUGAAUAUCCACCUGUGUUCAAUUCAGAUGACACCACUGGGCAGAUCUCGUUGGUUUCAUCAUUGGAUUGGGAAACGAAAGGAUUUUACUCUUUUCAAGUGACAGCCAGUGACACCAGUCAUCAAGCGUCUGCAACUGUCAACGUCACCGUCAUCGAUGUCAAUGACAACCGCCCAGUUUUCGUGAAGGGCUCUUACAGAUACUGUUUCUAUCUAUCUAUCUAUCUAUCUAUCUAUCUAUCUAUCUAUCUAUCUAUCUCAAUCUGUUUCUAUCUAUUUAUCUAUCUAUCUAUCUAUCUAUCUAUCUAUCUAUCUAUCUAUCUAUCUCAAUCUGUUCCUAUCUAUCUAUCUAUCUAUCUAUCUAUCUAUAUAUCUAUCUAUCUAUCUCAAUCUGUUUCUAUCUAUUUAUCUAUCUAUCUAUCUAUCUAUCUAUCUAUCUAUCUAUCUAUCUAUCUAUCUAUCUAUCUCAAUCUGUUCCUAUCUAUCUAUCUAUCUAUCUAUCUAUUCAUUACUGGUAACUUUUUCCUUCAGCGUCGUCUUGAUUUUGAAACGAGUCAGAGAUAUUCGUUUAAUGUCACCGUCUCUGACAUGGGCAGCAUUCCCAAGACAAGCAGAGCAACUGUAAUAGUCAAUGUAGAAAAUGUGAAUGAUGAAAUACCAGAUUGUCCGAUGUCGUUUUUUGCUAAGGACGUUCGGGAGGAUUUUCCUAUUCAGAAUACGAUCCUAACAAUAAACUGUACCGACAAAGAUGCCGGAACGUAUGGUCAGUUAAACUUCUUGAUUGCAGAAGUAAAUGGAUUGAUUGGAUCGGGAUCAUUCAAGAUCGAUAACAGCGGCCAGUUAUCACUCGCUUCCUCACUUGAUUACGAAACACACACAGUUCAGCUUCUGAAAAUUAAUAUUCGUGAUGGUGGGAUCCCGCCAAAAAGCACUGAAGUUAUGGUCAAGAUCACUGUACUUAAUAUUAAUGAAGCCAUUCCUAUAUUCAAUGUAUUGCCUCCUGUACUCACUAUUCCGGAAUCAUCUCCCAUUGGUCAUAUAGUGGUCAAAGUUUCUGCCCGAGAUAAUGACACAGGAGAUACGUUGACCUACUUUUUCACAACUCCCAGCAAUGAAUUUGAAAUCGAUCCUGUACAUGGCAACAUCAAAGUGAAAUCAUUACUUGAUUUUGAAAGCAAGAAAUUAUUCACGUUAUAUAUUACAGCCGCGGACAGCGGGACCGUCCCUCAAAGUUAUUCAGCACAGACAACAUUGACCGUAAUGCUUAGUGAUGUAAACGACUCACCACCAGUUUUCUCUAGCAGCGUCUAUCAAAGAAAUAUCCCGGAAAAUCAGCCGGCCGGUUCCACGGUUGCAACUCUUACAGUGACGGAUGCCGAUUCAGGCUCCAAUGCCCAGGCUACAUUCUUGAUUGUUAACGGAGACACAACUAAUACAUUCCAGGUAACAAGAGACGGGGCUGGAAAUUGCGAUGUGUCGCUAGCCACACCUUCGUUACUUGAUUACGAACAAAAGUCACAGUAUACAUUACUGAUACGGGCGACAGAUAGCGGUGGAUUGUCUGCAGAGGCAACAUUGGCUAUACAGGUGCAACCCUACAAUGAGUAUCCCCCCAGUUUUCAAAAUAUCAGACCAAGUCUGCCAAUUAAAGAGGAUGUACCUAUCGGAACGACACUCACAAAAAUAGCAGCAACCGACCGAGACGCCGGUCAAGACGGUAGGAUAUUCUAUGACCUUACGGGCGGCCUUGGUAAAUUUAUAAUUGAUCGCCACAGUGGAGUGAUCACCGUUCGUGAUGAACUGGACAGAGAACAAGUCGACUCCUAUCAGCUAUUAAUUGUCGCGAAAGACGAUGGGGUCAACCCGUCGGCUUUAACGUCAACGCUUACACUGACUAUCACAGUCGAAGAUAUUAAUGACAAUAACCCAACUUGUGCAGGUCGUCAACAAAACAUUGCGUUUGUUCGUGAAGAUCUGCCCAUCGGCACUUCUGUCUUUUCGUUGUUUUGCACGGAUGGAGAUCGUGACCCUGCGUUAAAGAACAACGUCCUACGUUAUGCUAUCACCAAAGGUAACAAAGCUGCUGCGUUUGCUGUCAAUGCUAGUACGGGCCUUUUAACCACAAAAGCAAUAAUGGAUCGGGAAGUAAAAGCCUCUUACGACUUGACUAUACAAGUUUCUGACUUCGGAACACCAUCGAGAUCAAUUGAUCAAAGUGUUUACAUACAGAUCACUGAUGUCAAUGAUAACGCCCUGGUAUUUACGUCCAAUAAUUACUCGGUUGCAGUGUCUGAGAGUAUGUCCACAGCCAAUGUUAUUCUCAAAGUGACUGCUACUGACAGUGACGCUGGAGAUGCAGGUGCUGUUUUGUACAGUAUUCUGUCCGGCAACACCAACAACCAAUUCGCUUUGGAUUCGCUUACUGGCGAUUUGAAACUGGUCAAAAACCUCGACCGAGAAGCAGUUAGCAUUUACACUCUUUUAAUUCAGGCCAUAGAUGGAGGUUCUCCACCUCUCUCAGCGAAGGUCAACGUUGUAGUAAGAUUGAUAGACGAAAACGAUAAUAGCCCAUCAUGUAGCUCUUCGUAUUACUCCGUAACGCUGUGGGAAAACGCCAAAACAGGCACCCCUGUUAUAUCUUUACAAUGUACAGAUUUAGAUAUUGCGUCUAACGCUAUUCUUUCAUACUCCAUCGUGUCAGGUAAUGCCCACAGUACAUUCAAUAUCGACCCAACGACGGGCAACAUUACGGUUUACAGCAGUCUGGACGCUGAAAUUAAAACCAAGUACUUGUUGAAUAUCGAUGUUUCUGAUAAAGUUCACACCACAAAAGUUGAAGUCGAAAUCGUGUUGCUGGACAUUAACGAAUUCCCACCGAAAUUCAUGCCCCCAGGUCCAUUCGGAACACACGUCCUUGAAAAUUCUGCAAUUGGUUCUUCUAUAUUUCAAGUGAUCGCCAAAGAUGACGAUGCUUCGUCCUCAGUGAUUUUCUUUUCAUUUCCAGCCCCAAACAAAUACUUUAGCAUCCAUAAAAUGACCGGAGUGGUCAGUCUUAAUGAUCACUUGGACAGAGAAACUUUAAGCACACACACAUUGACCAUCGAAGUGACGGACAACGGCUCUCCUCACUCAUUAAAUAGCAGUACGGCACUGAUCGUUAUAGUCGAUGAUGUGAACGAUAAUAAUCCCUUUUGUAGCAAAACACAUUAUGUCGUUUCCCUUCCGGAGGAUACGUUAACAUCGACGUGGAUUACGAAUAUAUCGUGUUCCGAUGUGGAUAUCUCUUCACCGUUGCUCAAAUACACAAUCGAAGCAGGGAACAAUUCAGGGAUCUUUGAAGUUAUAUCCAGCACCGGCCAAAUUUUCUUGAAGAAAAAUCUAGAUUUUGAAACAGCUUCUUUGCAUACGUUGGACAUUCGUGUCGAUGAUAACGGUACACCUUCAAUUUUAUCAACCCGUGUUAAGUUAAUCGUCAAAGUUUUACCAAUCAACGAACACACACCGACUUUUAGUAUCAUCAAUAACAAUAUUAUCACAGUCAUGGAGAACUCUUCUCUUAGUUCUCUUAUCGCAUGGGUCAACGCAACUGAUGAUGAUAAAGGCGAGGAUAACGGCGAGAUUGCUUUUGGCAUCAAGUCCGGUGAUCCGACUGGUCAUUUUCUGAUCGAUUCAAAAACGGGUAAAAUCUCUUUGGUAAAAAAUUUGGAUCGAGAAUCGCAAGAUCAAUACAGACUGGUCGUGAUUGUCAAAGACUGUAUACGAGGGUUUGGCAAUCCUUUGACUGCCUCAACCACAAUUCAUAUCAACGUUGCCGAUGUGAAUGACAAUUAUCCUGAAUUUAGCCAGACCUCAUAUGUCGUGUCCGUAUCUGAAAAUGUGGGAAAUGGGACCAAACUGCUGUCGCUUAUUGCUCAUGAUGACGAUUACGGAUUAAACGGUCAAGUGGCUUUCAUUAUUGAGUCCGAAUUUGGCCUCUCGAAACAUUCUCUGGGAAUCCCUGAAGACGCAGCUGUCGGCACGUCGGUGAUCAAAGUAGAAGCGAGAGAUGCUGAUUCUUAUGCGAAUGGCAAUUCUGAUAUUCAGUUUAGCAUGACGGAAACAACGGCUGCAAAUAACCAUUUCCGAAUUGAUGCAACCAGCGGAUUGAUAACUGUGCAUCGGAAGCUUGAUCGUGAAUUUAUCAGCAAAAUCCGGAUUAAAGCAUCAGAUGGAGGAUCGCCUAUCCAUUGGGCAAUUACUGAUGUAACCAUUAAGAUUAGUGAUGAGAACGAUAACAAACCGUUCUUUCUCUCUUCGAACUACACCUUUACAAUAGCGGAAAAUCUCCCAGCUCCGGUAAGAGUCGGUCAGUUGAUGGCUACUGAUGCAGAUAUCGGUAGAAACGGCCUUCUUAAAUAUAGGAUUCUCUUUAUGCUGACAGGACCAAACGAUUUCAACAUUGAUGGUGGAACCGGUGUUAUAACAUCGAGGUUAAAGUUGGAUCGAGAGUCUGUGUCUUAUUACAAAUUGUGGUGUGAAGUGACUGAUGAUGGAGUACCUUCUUUGACAGUAACAACAGAAUAUGAAGCCUAUCUAUCUAUCUAUCUAUCUAUCUAUCUAUCUAUCUAUCUAUGUUCAUCUCUCUCUCUCUCUCUCUCUCUCUAUCUAUCUAUCUAUUCAAUAUCUAUCUAUCUAUGUUCAUCUCUCUCUAUCUAUCUAUCUAUUCAAUAUCUAUCUAUUCAAUAUCUAUCUAUCUAUGUUCAUCUCUCUCUCUCUCUCUCUCUCUCUCUCUCUCUCUCUCUCUAUCUAUCUAUCUAUCUAUCUAUGUUCAUCUCUCUCUCUCUCUCUCUCUCUAUCUAUCUAUUCAAUAUCUAUCUAUGUUCAUCUCUCUCUCUCUCUAUCUAUCUAUUCAAUAUCUAUCUAUUCAAUAUCUAUCUAUCUAUCUAUGUUCAUCUCUCUCUCUAUCUAUCUAUCUAUUCAAUAUCUAUCUAUCUAUGUUCAUCUCUCUCUCUCUAUCUAUUCAAUAUCUAUCUAUUCAAUAUCUAUCUAUCUAUGUUCAUCUCUCUCUAUCUAGAUAUUCAAUAUCUAUCUAUGUUCAUCUCUCUCUCUCUCUAUCUAUCUAUUCAAUAUCUAUCUAUUCAAUAUCUAUCUAUCUAUGUUCAUCUCUCUCUCUCUCUAUCUAUCUAUCUAUGUUCAUCUCUCUCUCUCUCUAUCUAUCUAUCUAUCUAUGUUCAUCUCUCUCUCUCUCUCUAUCUAUCUAUCUAUCUAUCUAUUUCCUGUUGA